AUGAUCCCGGUCAAUAUAGCAAAAUUACUUGUAGAAGAUAUCUUAGAAGAAAAUUUUCCCGUAUUUAUAAAUAAAUGCAUAAUAAUAUCAAAAGAGCAGUUUAUACAACUAGCUAGUGAAAAUUUAUUUUAUAUAGAUGAUGGAGUACUUUGGCUGGUUUUGAAAUUAACAUCAGAAGAAAAAAGAAAACAUAGAGAAAGAAGUAGUAGUAACAAUGCAACGAAAUAUAAUUUUCACUUUAUGACGUCAGAACUACACAAAAAGCUCUGGAAUAGCACAACAAAAAGCCAAAUUGAUAAUAUAAGAAUAGUCCCUGUCGUGGGAUCCAAGUGUGUCUCACAAAAUGUAGCAUUUACGAAUGAGAGUGAAUACCAUAACAUAAUAUCUUGUUUUGGAUUGAACAUGGUCAAAGAUAUAACUGUAAGUUUUCACCCAAUGCCCAAUUUGGAUAGUUCUCCAAAAAUAGCAGCAUUGGCUGAAGUUAGUCUCAUUGUGAAUGAGUAUGAUUUAGAGAAUGACUUCAUCAAAGAGGUUUUAAACAACCAUUUUGACACACCAAAAUUAAUGAGUGUAAAUGAUAUAUUUAGCAUAGACCUUACUCCAGAAAUAACUGCAAAAUAUCACUACAAAUAUUUAGACCUAGUAGGAUCUGCGGAAAGACUAUAUUUCAAAUGUAAAACACUUUCAAAUGAUGUAAAUGAUAUAAAUAACUCAACAAGAGACAGUGCAGUCACUGCAUUUUUCAUUAUAAAAGGUGUAACUCAAUUAACUUUAGGUGAAAGUAUACACAGUCUGAAACCUAAGGAUGAAUAUUUUAAAUUACAACAAAAUGAAAGCUUUCAAAUACUACAUUUAUGUCCAGCAGGAUUGAAACAGAAGUUUAAUCAAAUGCAAGAAACAAUUCAGCCUUUUUUAUCAGGAGAAAUGAAUGAAUUAUCAGCAUCAAUGUCUAGUCCAAUUAUACCAAUGCUUCUCCUUACUGGUACAAUAGGAUCUGGAAGACAUUUGCUUGCUAAAAUUUUAGCUAAAUACAAUGGUUUGAACUGUCUUCCAACAGACUGCAAUGCAUUACAGAGUUCCACUGCAAAGCAAACGGAAAGUAAAAUCAAUGCAACAGUGCAGAAGGCUAAGGCUGCUGCACCUGCCCUGGUACUAUUGGACAAUUUUGAGGUAUUUGCUGUAGACCCUGAAAAUAAUGAAGACUGCAGAGUUUUAGAAUAUUUCAUGAAUACAAUAACAGAUCUUUAUCAGAACUACGAGAAGCAUCCUAUUAUAUUUAUUGCUAUCACAGAGAGACAAGACUUGAAGCCAAAUGUGCUUAGAAUGUUCUUAGACAAGUUCCAUAUACCUAGACUAAACGCUCAACAGAGAUAUGAAAUGCUUGAAUGGUUUGCAACGGUCAUGCAGUUGAAUAUAGACGGUGAAGACCUGCCUUUAAUCCAGUUAGGCAACAACAAAGAAUUAAACUCUCUCAGUAAACCUGCAAGAGAGGUGUUACAGAGAGUUGCUGCUAAAACAGAAACAUUUAUGUAUGGAGACUUGGAUACUCUAUUCCAUUUUGCAAUAAGAGAGUCCUAUUUGAAUCAACACAAUAGUUACAAUCAAUUACCUCCUGACCCUGACUUGUACAUAGUACUUGAGGAAGACUUCAAUUCAGCUCUUGAGUCUAUUCGAAGUCUACAGAGUCAACAUUUGGACGCGCCAAAGAUACCAAAAGUAUAUUGGGAAGAUAUAGGCGGGCUAGAAAAGUUAAAGAAAGAAUUAUUGAAGACCAUUGAGUUUCCUAUAAAAUAUCCGCAUUUGUUUAAAAAUUCCAGUUUAAAAAGAUCAGGCAUUUUGCUGUACGGCCCACCUGGGUGUGGGAAAACGCUGGUGGCCAAAGCUGUCAGCACAGAAUUAAAUGUGAGCUUCCUUAGUGUAAAGGGUCCGGAGUUACUCAACAUGUACAUUGGACAGUCAGAAGAGAAUGUCAGAAAAGUGUUUGAGUCAGCGCGUGCGUCGUCGCCGUGUAUCGUAUUCCUGGAUGAGCUGGAUGCGCUGGCUCCUCGACGUGGAGCUGCGGGAGACUCAGGUGGCGCCAGCGACCGCGUCGUCAGCCAACUCCUCGCAGAACUCGACGGUGUUACCCAGGGGGAAGAUGCAGAAACAUCAAGUUUCGUCUUUAUCAUGGGAGCGACGAAUCGGCCGGAUCUACUCGAACAGUCCCUGUUACGUCCCGGACGAUUAGACAAGUUGAUAUAUGUAGGACCCUAUAAUGGCCCACAAGAAAAAACUUGCGUGUUAAAUGCUUUGUGUAGAAAUUACAAAUUACGAGAGGAAGUGGAUCUGGAGACGGUAGCGACGGCGCUGCCAGACAGUUGCACGGGCGCUGACCUGCUGCAGGUGGUGUCCACGGCGCGCUCUGCAGCCGUCCGGGCUCUCGUUUCUAAGUUACAUGCUGGUCUAUUGAAGGAGAGUGAACUUAGUCCAGAUUCAGUGAUACUAGGAAAUUCCGAAAUGUGGGAAGGAGUUGAAUCAUUCAGACCAUCAGUGACUAGUGAAGAAUUGCAGUACUAUGAAUCGUUACAGUUGCAAAUGUAG